AAUGGAUGCGUGUUUGGCUCUACCAAGCAGGGCUUUGAGCCCACAGCGCAUAAAACGAUUUUCGGCGAGCGUCGCCCCUCUGUUUUAGGUAGUUUCAAAGCCGGUACUGACAUUGAUUUUUCUACUUAGGCAUUUUGCGUGAUGGCGGGCGGUAAGCUUGCCCGCUUGCUGCUCGUGGGCGGCGGCGCGAGCGGCCGAGAUGGGCGAACCGCCGCGAGCGGAGCCCCCGCAAAAGCUCCAGCCGGCGACACAAACGGCGCCGCCGCGCGUAACGGCUCAUCGCUAGCACAGCCACACGCCGGCAAGGCCCUGAAAAUAAGCGCCGCUGGCGUCUCGCACAACCCCCCGCCUGCGGCGGACUCGGAUGCGGACGCUGGCGCCGGCGGGCUCCGGCCCCGCAAGCGCCGGCGCGGUGGCGCGGGCCGCACGGUUCCGCUCUCGAAGGCCGCCAAGGCCAAACGCGCAAAGAAGGAGGCUGGCCCCAGCACCAAGGCCCCGGCGACCACGCCGGAUGCGGUGCUUGCCGCGGGGGCGGAGGAGCUGGAUGCGGAGCGGCAGCAGCUGCUGGCGGGCAGGUCCGCCUAUGAGGCGCUCAUGUCGGAGCUAUCCCGCGGCGGCGCCGCUGGCAGCAGCGGCCGCAAGGCGGGCGGCGGCGGCGCCGACUCUGACCUCCGCGCUCUGCUGCAGCGGCUGCGCAAUGAGCAGAUGGGCGAGAGCAGCGAGGAGGAGGAGGAAGAGGAGGAGGCGGUGGGAGAGGAGGGAGAGGGAGAGGAGGACGGGAGCGACAGCGAGGGAGGUGACGGCGAGGAGGGCGCGGGUAUGAGCAUUGCAGAGCUGGAGGCGGCGGUGGCGGCGGCGGAGGCCGAGGCCGCCGAGGCCGAGGCGGAGGCGGCGGCGGAGGCGGCGGCGCUUGCAGGCGCGAAGAAGCAGACGCCGGCAGCGGCAGCAGCGGCAGCGGCGGCGGCAGGGAAAGGCGGGAAGGGCAAGGGCAAGCUUGCAGUCAGCGGCGCUGAGGACGGGGCGGACGGAGCGGACGAGGCAGAGAAAGAUGAUGAGGAAGAGGAGGAUGAAAACGACGAGGAGGAGGAGGAGGGGGCAGCGUUGGCAGGGCGGCGUGCCGGCGGUGGCGGCGCCUCCACCUCCGCCGCCAAUGGCGGGCGGCCGGCGGCGCCGGUGGUUGACAGUUGGGCUCGUCACGUGGGCCGCGAGCUGGCGGACUGGGAGCUGGUGGCGUUGGAGAGCGGCAAGUCUGACUACCGCGACGCGCCGCCCGCCGAGCCGCACAGCCGCGCCUGGGGCGGCAGCGCGCGCUGGCAGCUGCGGGUCUUCGGCUCCUCCUCCUCCUCAGCAACAACAGCAGCAACAGCAGCAGCAGCAGGGUCAGGCGCUAAGAAGCGGAAAGGCGGGGGCAGCGAGAACGGCGGAGCCGGGGUUACGGCGGCGGCGGCGGCCGCCGCGCCGGCGGUGGGUUUGACGGCGCUGCCGGCGGCGCCGCCGACCCUGCCAGAGUACGGUGUCAAGGAGCGGCUGAUCGGUCUGUGGCGGGAGGUUCACAAAGAGGAGGCGGCGAAGCGCGAGCAGCAGCAGCAGCAGCAGCAGCCUCAGGAGGGGAGGGAGGGGAAGGAGGGCAAGCAGGCAGCCGGUGGCGGCGGCGGCGGAGGCGGCGGGCCGGUGUUGGUCGGCAGUGACUUUGUGAACGAGCAGCAGCGGUCGCUGUUCUCGUUGUUGAACAGCUACGCGGAUGUGCACCUGCCGGCGCGGCCCUACCCCACGGAUGCCUCCCCCUCCGCCCCCGACCCGCUGAUGGACGCCGUACUCCUGCAUUGCCUCAAUCACGUGACUAAGGCCGCAGACCGGAUCAAAAAGAACAACGCCGUACUGGCGGCGGCGGCGGCGCGGGAGGCGGCAGCGCGCGACGCGGCUCGCAUGGCGGCUAUGACGGCGGCGGCGGCGGGCGGUGGCGGCGCCGCCGGGGCCGGCAAGCGCAGGCGGCGGAACGGCCGGGCGGUGGUUCCGAAGCCGGCGGCUGACGCGGCGGCGGCGGCGGCGGCGGCGGUGGCAGGAGCAGCAGGAGCAGAGAAAGCGGCAGGAGCAGAGGCGCUUGCAAACGGGCAUGCGGAAGGCAACGGCGGCGCCGCUGCUGCAAGUGCGGCGGAUGGGGCCGCUGAGGGCCGAGGCGAGGAUGUGGAGGAGACAGGCACAGAGGCCGGCAAUGACGAGGAGGAGGAGCAGCAGGAGGAAGCUGGGCAACAGGAGGAGAAGGAGGAGGAGCAGCAGGAGGCUGGGCAACAGGAGGAGGAGAAGCAGCCCGACGCCGCCGCCGCGGCGGAGGGCCCAGCCCGGGACAUGGAGGCUGAGGCGCUGGAGGGUGGCACUCCACGCGACCAGGGCUUCACGCGGCCCAAGGUGCUGCUGCUGCUGCCGCUGCGCAACAGCGCGUUCCGGGCGGUGCGGCGGCUGGUGCGGCUGGCGCUGCGGGAGACGCGCAGCGACAGCGUGCAGGGCAAGGAGAAGUUCUUGGAGCAGUUCACGGACCCCGAGGAGAUGGCAGAGGAGGAGAACAUGGACGAGGCCGCCCGCGCCCGUCUGGCCGCCAAGCCCAGCGAGCACCGGGCGCUCUUCGCCGGGAAUAUAGAUGACCACUUCAGGCUGGGCAUCAAGGUUACAAAAGGCGCUGUGAAGCUGUUCGCCGACCUGUACCAGUCCGACAUCAUCGUGGCCUCGCCCGUGGCACUGGCCACCAAGCUGGCGGAGGACAAGCGCGCCGACCCGCACUCGCAGCCCGAUUUUCUGUCCUCUGUGGAGCUGCUGGUGAUAGACCGCGCGGACGUGAUGGCCAUGCAGAACUGGGCCCACGUGGAGACGGUGGUGGCGGCGCUGAACCGCCUGCCGCGUCAGCAGCACGGCACAGACAUCAUGCGAGUGCGCGACUGGUACCUGGCGGGGCAGGCGGCGCGCUACCGCCAGACCGUGCUGCUGUCCUCGCACGCCAGCGCGCAGGCCAACGCGCUGGUGCGGGCGACGGCCAACCAUGCCGGCGGCGUGCGGCUGCAGGUUGAGCAGCCGGGUGUGUUGGGCGCAGUGGUGCCGCAGGUGCGGCAGCUGUUUGAGCGCUUCCACGCCGACAGCCCGGCCGCUGUGGGCGACGCGCGCUUUGAGUUCUUCAUGCGGACCAUCUGGCCGCGAGUCAAGGACUCGGUGUCCAGAGGCCUGCUGCUGUUCGUGCCCAGCUACUUUGACUUUGUGCGGCUGCGCAAUGCGCUCAAGGACGAUGACAGUGUGGACUUCGCGACUGUCAGCGAGUACAGCAGCAACGCCGAGGUGACGCGCUCCCGCGCCCGCUUCUUCCACGGCCAGCGCCGCAUGCUCAUCUACACCGAGCGCGCGCACUUCUACCACCGCUACCGCAUCCGCGGCAUCAAGGACGUGCUGUUCUACGGCCUGCCCGACCACGGCCACUUCUACCCCGAGCUUCUCAACCUACUGGAGGAGGGCGGCGCGGGGGCGGGGGCAGGCGCGGGGCUGUCAGGCGUGGCCGGGUUUGGGCACGCCACGGUCACGGCGCUGUUCUGCGGCUGGGACGUGCUGCAGCUGGAGCGGGUGGUGGGUAGCGCGCGCGCGCGGCGCAUGCUGCGCGGCGAGAGCAGCACCUACAUGUUCUGCUGAGGGCGCCUCGGAGGGUCGGCUGCCGGUGCUGAGACUGAGAGCUUGGUGUGGGAGUGCCGGAGGUGGGUAGGUUGCGAAAGCAACCAUGAGCCAGGGUGGGUGUGAGGCUGUGAGGGCGCGUUGGGGGCUGCUGUUGGAGCCUGAGGGCGCGUGGGGACUCCCUACGCCUCGUGGGGCCGCCAGCGCUGCGGCAUUCACCUGCCGAGGGCUCCUCCCCUUGUGGGCCCCCCGUGCUGAGGUUGGGGCGCUGGCUGAGGUGCUUUGCUAUGGGGGGUGUCUGCAUCCCCUGUGGCCGGCAGGGUGCGUGGUGGGUGUGGCGCGCUGAUGAGGCAGUCUGCCCUGGUGGGUGGGCGGAGGAGAUGGGUCUCGGUCGGUCCCGGUCGGUCCCGGUCGGUCCCGGAGUUCCCGGAGUUUCUUCCAUUUCCUGACAGGGGGCUGCGGCGUGGCAGCAGCGCGUCAUUGAGCAGGAUGCAUGUAAAGGCGCUGCAUGCGCUGCGUGCGGCAUAACGGCACUGCGCUUGGGAGGCCGUACACCCCGUGUGGCGUGCGUUCGGGUGAACAAGUGAUGCUGUAAGGGUUGCGAAAUGCUGUGCGUGGCGUGCUGAAGUAUUGCCGCAUGCGCACACCGGUAUCGCUCGCGGACGUAGCGCAUAAUUGAGGCCGGAAUGCCGGAUGGAAGCGGGUUCUCAGUGUCCCCUAGCGGACAACUAACGGUUACGGUGAGAACGACGCUGGUGGGCCAGGUGCUUCUGUGGGCUCCCUCAACCCG